AUGGUGGUGCCGGCGCGGCGAGUAAAGACGGAGUACAUGAAGCGCUUCAAGGAGCCCAAGUGGGAAUCGUGCGGCGCCUGCUACCUGGAGCUGCUGCACUACCGCCUCAGCCGCCGGCUGCUGGAGCAGGCGCACCGGCCCUGGCUCUGGGACGGCUGGGAGCAGGACAGCGGCAGCGGAGGCGGCAGCACCGCCGGGUCCCCUUCACCGCCGGGCGCCGGCAGCCCCGCGGCCGCAAGGGAGGAGGAGGAGGAGGCGGCGGGAGCGGCAGCGCCGAGCGAGGCGGGACGGGCGAGCCCCGAGAAAGAAAAAGAAGAUCAAGAAAAGCAGGAGAAGGAAGAGCAAGAGAAAACUGUAGAACACACUUCUGUGAAGGAAGCAGACAAAACCAGCCGUACAGGACGACGUCCAAGCCGAAGUGCCUUGUCCAGUCGUAAUGAUCGCAAAUCAGCCAAAAGUCCCCAAAGGACAGACGCACCAAAGGAGAAUAAACAUCCAUUUGCUCUGUAUGGGUGGGCAGAACGACAGACGGAUACUGGGAGCCAGAAAACUCACAAUGUUUGUGCUUCUGCUUCGGUGAAUGAAAUCCACGAAUCUGCUCUGCGAGCAAAGAACAGGAGACAAGUGGAGAAAAGGAAGCUUUCUCAGAGGAGAGUGCGAUCAGCAGAGGCAGAAAACACUUGGCGAACAAAGCCCUCCCCACCAGACAACCCUUGGAUGACAGAGUACAUGAGAUGCUACUCAGCAAGAGCUCUCUGAACCUGGAUUCCCUUAGGCAUCCUCAGAAGAAGUUACGCAUAUCAGGACACUGGUGCAAGGAACCAAACCACUUAUGCAAGGUUUUUAUAGGGGGUUUCCAGCUGUUAAAAUAUUUGUUACAAGGUUUUUAUCUUGGCUACCUACCUCACAGUGGGGUGUAUCCUUGGAGCCAUAACAUUUGAAGAGGCUUUUAGAUAUAGCUACCCAAACUUUUAAACAAUUCCCCUUUUGGGAAUUUUUCUAAUGCUUCAGUAAAUUUGUUUUGAGGGUGGGAGGGGGAACCUUAGCAUACAUGGAGUCAAAGUAAAAACUUUUUUGAUCAUGGUUACAAAUAAUCUGUUUUCCCUUAUUUAAAGUACAAGUCGUGGGGAGAUGGUAUUGGGGAAAGACUUUAAACGAGUGAUGGAGGUGCCUUUGUAUUUAUAAAACUAUUUAACACUUUUAGGAAAAUAAGCAUAUGAAGACAGGCAACAGGAAGCCAGUGUGUCUGGUAAUUAGCGCUAAUAAAUGUAGAUGCUUUAGGCAGGCAAAUACCAAGUACUGUCUGUACACAGAAACUUUAAAAACAGCAACAAAAAAACCCAAACAAAAGCAACCUUGUUUGAUUAGUGAAUCUGCUGAUGCUAACUUUUAUCACUGUUUCUAAGGUCAUUAGAAUAAACCAGUCAUUUUCAGGGCAAGAAACAGCUACAGGAUCGUUUUGCUGUAGCUGUUCCUGUUGUACCAAAUAACUAAUGUAGACAAUCAUUAUCUGAUAGCUGCCACUCAAUAAGCAG